CGUUUCCCUUUUGCAUUUAAUUUUUUUGAUGACACUAUUUUCUUGAAAUUGUUACUUCCCUUGAUUCACACUGUAAACACACAUACACACACACACUAAAACGCAUCAAUUACCCUCUUUGUCGUUUCUCCAUUUUAACAAAUUACACACCUGUAGUGAGUAGUGGGUGUGUCCAUUACUACUACUCCAUGUGGGUUGUUUGCUCAUAUUUUUUGUCAUUUGUUUUCAUCGUUUCUUUAUCAAAAUCAAAAUCAUUGCAUUUUUAGCUCCAUAAAUUUGGGCGUGAUAUCAUAACUUGGCCGGAAAAGAAAGAUGGCCGGAGGUGGAGGCGGAGGAAAAUCCGACGAGCCAGCACCACACCCACCCAAAGAUCAGCUUCUUGGUGUGACUUACUGCAUUACAAGUCCACCCCCAUGGCCUGAAGCUAUUCUACUCGGAUUUCAGCAUUAUCUAGUAAUGCUCGGCACAACGGUUAUUAUUCCGACAGCUCUUGUUCCUCAAAUGGGCGGCGGAAACGAGGAGAAAGCACAAGUCAUUCAAACGCUACUUUUUGUUGCCGGGUGGAACACGUUGCUACAAACUUUGUUUGGUACUAGGUUACCAGCCGUAAUUGGGGGUUCAUAUACUUUUGUUGCGCCCACAAUCUCAAUCAUCUUGAAUAAUAGAUGGAAUGAUCCAGAUCCUAUAGAGAAAUUCAAGAAAACAAUGCGGGCAAUCCAAGGUGCUUUGAUUGUUGCUUCAACUCUUCAAAUUGUUCUAGGGUUCAGUGGUCUGUGGCGAAAUGUUGCAAGAUUUUUGAGUCCUCUUUCUGCUGCUCCUUUGGUGGCUCUUGCUGGUUUUGGGCUCUAUGAAUUUGGAUUCCCCGGGGUUGCAAGAUGUGUUGAAAUCGGGCUUCCUCAACUCAUCUUUGUAGUCGUGUUGUCGCAGUAUUUGCCUCAUUUGAUACAUUCGGGAAAAGGGAUCUUUGAGAAAUUUUCAGUUGUGGCAUCGAUUGCAAUUGUUUGGAUUUAUGCUCAUUUGCUUACGGUUGGUGGGGCCUACAAUCAUACGGCACCAAAAACACAAACAAGUUGUCGUACUGAUCGUUCUGGAUUAAUCGAUGCUGCACCGUGGAUAAAAAUUCCAUAUCCAUUUCAAUGGGGUGCACCUUCUUUUGAUGCUGGUGAAGCUUUUGCUAUGAUGAUGACUGCUUUUGUUACCCUUGUAGAGUCAACUGGUGGAUUCAUGGCGGUUUCACGGUAUGCAAGUGCAACCCCCUUGCCUCCAUCUAUUCUAAGCCGUGGUGUUGGUUGGCAGGGAAUUGGCAUUUUGUUGUCUGGCUUGUUUGGAACAGUAACCGGAUCUUCUGUCUCUAUUGAGAAUGCGGGUCUAUUGGCUGUGACCCGUGUAGGAAGUCGAAGAGUUGUACAAAUCUCAGCAGGGUUCAUGAUUUUCUUUUCGGUUCUUGGUAAAUUUGGAGCAGUCUUUGCGUCAAUUCCUGCACCAAUUGUCGCUGCUCUUUACUGCCUUUUCUUCGCUUACGUGGGUUCAUCGGGUUUGAGUUUCCUUCAAUUCUGCAACCUUAACAGCUUCCGAACAAAAUUCAUACUCGGGUUUUCAAUCUUUUUGGGCUUGUCUGUACCACAAUAUUUCAACGAAUACGAAGCGAUUAAUGGAUAUGGCCCUGUCCACACUUCAGGAAGAUGGUUUAACAAUAUGGUGAAUGUUCCAUUUUCAUCGGAAGCUUUUGUGGCUGGUGUUGUGGCGUAUUUUCUUGAUAAUACACUUCACAAGGAUAGUUCGAUAAGAAAAGACAGGGGCAAGCAUUGGUGGGACAAGUUUAGAUCGUUCCACACUGACUCAAGAAGUGAAGAGUUUUACUCAUUGCCAUUCAAUCUCAACAAAUACUUUCCAGCUGUGUGAUUUAUAUAACUAUUGUUUUUUUUUAGUCAAAUAUGUAUCUAAUCUUGUGCUAAAGUAGUUCAUGUUCAUUGUUCAAUUGUAUCUCAACCGAGUGAUUCUUAGAACAUUCCCCAAUACGGGUAAGAUGGAUCCAAAGGAGAAAGGUUAAGUUUUUGUUGCUUUCAAAUUCUUAAGAACAUUGUCUCCCCACUUUUGUAAUAGAAAUCUUGAUUCCUGAAUA